CAGUCUUCUUUGUUUCGAGUUUCAAGUUUCAACGCCAACGUUGUUUGUUUUUGGUUUUUGAACGCCGUUUUCCAUUCAAUUCAACAAUGAACAUUUACGUCAACUCGCCCGUGUGCUCGGCCGGUCCUGAUCCCACGUCAAUCCUCGCCGUGUCUGCAUCGCACUGUCCUCGCCUUGGCGGCCCUGCGGCGGCUGCAGCCAUGGUCGUGGGAACGCUCGGACGCGUCACCUUCCUUUCCUUUUCGGCCACUGCGGGGCUCACCUGCGCCCUCGGAGGCAUCUACCUCACGGCCAACCCGGUCUAUGUCAUGUCGCGCGUGUUUGAGCUGCGCAAGCGAGGCAUUGCUGCAGCUGCGGCGGCGGCUGCCGGGCAGGACGAUGAUGACGCCAGAGUUUCAGAAUCCGCCAAGACAAUCGAAGCGAACUCGACCGCGCUCGGCAUCCAGCUUGUCCACGCCGCAGGAUUGUCCAUGACAGCGACAGGCCUCAUUCUGCUGCACGCAGUGUUUUCCGAGGGCGCAUCCAACCGUGUCAUGUGGACGACCAUCUGGAGUCUGUUCCCAAUGGCGUCCCUGCUGCCAGUGUACAUGCAACUCAAACAAGCUUGAAACCAGGUGCGGGUUGCAACCAAACCAUUUUGUAGACAAAAAAAAAAAAAGUUCUUGUACAAAGUAAAACCAGAAACUUCAGAAUACAGAUAGCAGCAGAAACAAAAAA